AUUAAUAAUAGUGCUUACUGCCUCUUCCUGUUCUGAAAACUAACCUCUCGUUUACAAUUUUACAUCACAUCUUUGUGGAAAACUAGAAAUUUAAAUUUGCAAACAAAUUAAAAAUUAUGAAUAGCAUCAGAAUUAUUAAGUUCCCUCUUAAGCAAUGGCGUUCCUUUUCAAGAUGUGCGAUAUUGCAACAAGAAGUAGCUCAAGCAGCGACACCUCUCACUAUACCAGUGCCGGAAGGAGUCGACAAGCCUGUAUCGCCUAAAAUUGAGAAAAUAGUCGCUGAUAUAACAAACCUUAACCUUCUAGAAGUGUCGGAACUAAGUCAAGUGCUAAAGAAACGAUUAAAUCUUCCCGAUGCACCUGUUAUGCCCGUUGGAGGAUUUGCAGUGGCUGCUGCUCCCGCUCAGGAGGAGGAAGAGGCAGCGCCAAAGACCGUCAAAACGAGUUUCACUGUUAAAAUGACCAAAUUUGACGAGAAACAGAAAGUAGCACUAAUCAAAGAAGUCAAAAAUCUUCUAGAAGGUUUCAAUCUUGUGCAAGCCAAGAAGUUUGUGGAGAGUGUGCCCACUGUUGUGAAAGCAGAUAUAUCCAAAGAUGAAGCAGAAAAAUUAAAGGAAGCAUUAUCUAAAGUUGGUGCUGUCAUAGAAAUUGAAUAAUUUUAGUUCCUAGAUGUACUUUAAUUGUAAUUAGUGUGUAAAAUAUUGUUUAGAAAAUAUAAAAAUUCAAAUUC